UUUGGUAACGUGCUGAAAUGCAGAAAAGGGAAACUAUUUCAUCUGAUUAUUAGAAACAUUAAGGCACAAAGACACAGAAAAUGAGGACCUUUCUUGCCGCUGUCGCACUUGCUUGCAUCUUGUCAUCAGCUGCAGCAAAAACUAAAUCCAGUUUUACACGAUAUCGAUCCUGGAAUUCACGGAUGUACCCAGUGUGGAAAAACGGGGACUCUCGCUACAAAGACUGCUGGAAAGGUGGAGAGGUGACGUUUGAUACCAAGAAUGACUCACCCACCAUAUCUGGUGGCAAGGUCACCUUCAACAUUGACAUACGUUUCCCACAGAACCAGACCGUGCAGCCUGACGGACAGGUUGUGUGGGCUCAGAACUGUACGAUUAAUGGGACACGAUACCAUCAGGGACAGCCCGUGUACCCAGAGCGAAACACCACUGGGAACUGGAGUGGAGUCUUUCCCGACGGCACUCCCUUUACAAAGGUUUCAGAGAAGAGACCCCGCUAUGUGUUUGUCUGGAAAACCUGGGGGCGUUACUGGCAAGUGGCCGAUGGUCCCUCCUCCUUCUUGAUGAUCGGCACAGACAACAUCGCCCAGGGGUCGUACAACAUGGAGGUUGUCAUCUAUCACUGCCGUGGCAAGGACAAAUUCAUUCCCCUGGGCUACAGCAUCACACGGUUUUCCAUCACAGAUCAAAUCCCCUUCACGGUAUCACUUGCACAAGUGAAUGAUUUGAAUCAGGCAGAUCAGAGCUUCAUUCAGAACCGUGCCAUCGCCUUCACGGUGAACCUGCAUGACCCCAGCCAGUACCUAAAGGACUCCGACGUCACCUUCACCUGGAACUUCGGGGACAGCAGUGGCACGUUGAUCUCCAGGGAACUCAGUGUCACUCACACAUACAUCUCCAGUGGCUUCUUCCAGCCUCAGGUGGUCCUACAGGCAUCCAUUCCCAAUGCUGGUUGCUCCACCCCAGGUGAUGCCCCUACCCCUGCUAACCCCACUGCUGCCCUGGUCACCUCUCAGCCCUCUGCACCUCUAGCAGAGCAAACCACCACUGAAGGAGACUCCACCGAACCAUCCACAGUUCCAGUUAUUAUAGCUUCCACAGCUGACCUGACAGUGAAUCCUCCUGACCUCACACAGCAGGCUGAUGACAUUGGCCUAGCUGUGGAUGUCACUGAGCCUGUCCCUCUUGAUGACAUCACCCUGGGUGCAUCUGCGCAGCCCGCCGAAGUAGAAGCGAGUGAGGGCGUGGCUGCCUUGCCCGAAUCAGCAGCUGUAGACCCUUCUCUUCCAGCUGCUGAUGAUGUCACCAAUCUAGCUGCCGCGGACAUCAACGCUGAUGCUAUUCCAGCUGCUGAGGAUGCCCAGACUGCAUCUCCUGCUCCAGCUGUUGAAGGUGCAACCCAGGCUGGUGCGAUUGACACAAUUGCCAUUGACGACGCAGCCUCUGCAGCCCCGGUUGUUGGAAAUUUGGCCGUCACCGUCACCCCAGACGAGCCAGCUAACACUGCCGCCCCUGUGGCCGGAGAUGGCAUUACAGUCAAUGCUGAAGAUGCUGCUUUGGAGAUCCUCCAGGCAGACGGUGCAGAGCCUGCCAUUCCUUCUGCCUCAGUUCCAGCUGUGGCGGCGGCGGCCUCUGUCACUGCCUCAACAGUGUCUGAGACAUCGAGGUUAGAACUCGAGGCAGCAGCAGAAGCAACAGCAGCAGCUGAAGUGGCCAAUGGGGUGGAGGCAGCAGUAGAGACAGGCACUGCAGUGGCUCCAGUGCCAGUGGUGGUGGCCAAAAGGCAGGCCCCAGAAAUGCCUACUGAUAACAGCUGUGUCACUUACCGCUACGGCUCCUUCGCUGUCAACCUAGAUAUUAUUCAGGGGAUCGAAAGCGUGGAGAUUGUGCAGGUGGCCAACGUCGUGACAUUGAGCGCGAUUGAGCAGAAUGCUGUGGAUCUUACUGUGACCUGCCAAGGGAGCCUGCCGAACGAGGUUUGCACCGUGGUGUCGGAUGCAGACUGCAUCACGCCAAUGCAGACGGAAUGCAGCACGGUGGCUCCCUCCCCAGAGUGCCAGCUAAUUUUACGUCAGUUCUUCAAUGAUUCCGGCGUUUUCUGCAUUAACGUGUCCAUGACCAACGACGUCAGCCUGGCCGUUACCAGCACCAGAGUCAGCGUAACUGUAGACCCCAGCCCCUCCUCUGCUGGCACAUUGGCCAUGGUCCUGGGGGUCAUGAUCUUGGCUUUCGCGGUUGGUGCGGUAGCAAUCACAUACAGGCGCUUCAAGGAAUACCACCCACUCAGGGAAGAUACGGUGGAAAGUUCUGGAAGAAUCUCGGUGCCAAUGCUCCUGUGGAACCUGCUGAGCCGACAGACAUCCGGGGAAAGUCGGCCUCUUCUUCAGGGAGGGGUGGUGUGAACUGGGUCAGAAGGCACGCUGCAGCUAUUCCUAACGGGCCCAUUACACGCACACACCAUUACACACACAAAUGAUCUUUCAUGAUUCACUUACAAACCUUUAUGGAAAAAGCAUAUUAAGUCAGGAAAUUCAAUGUAACGUUUUUUGUUUAUUAACCUAAUCGAAGCACCAGAAAACAAGUGAUUACAAUAUUUUAUUAAUUCUGCAUGUGAAAAAAAUAUUUGACACAAAACCAGGGUUAACAUUAAACACACAUUAAAUAUGUACAAGGGAGGCCCAAUGACCUUUAGCGUUUUGUCUUUCUGAGCACGGCUGGAUAUAAGUGUACAGCUCUGUGCUUGUGCCACUGUCCACGGUGACGACUCACAGGUGUUUGCACUGACGUGCCUGCCUGCCCUUUCUUUAGGUAUGCUCUGCAUGAGUCAUUAUAAUCAGUUUAAUGCUUUAUAUGGAGCAGGAUAUGUUUCAAGCAAUGUUUUUUAUAGUCUUUAACAGAGCAAUAUUUGUGCAAAAUAGAAAUAGAAAAUACCCAUAAUACAUACGCUUUUGUAGACAUUUUCUUCAACGCACUUAUACCUUUAUUAUGCUGGAAAAAAGUCCUCUGUUUUGGUAACUGGAGGCCGUAUCAAGUUGCAGUGCAGCACUGGUCUUGGUAACAGGAUCCAAUAGAGAUCUGCAGUGUAUUGAACUGUUCUGCAGCUCCACCUCUCUAAUCCUUCUUCUGAAGGAGCGAAAGCAAUUAUUUUCCAUCCCAGUAAUUGAAUCUAAUCAGCAACAAAUUUGUGGUACAUAAAAUGUUUGAGGUAUGGACCAAAACUUUGUAACGUAGCACAAUUACACACAAUAACUUUCCAUAACUACUUGGAAAUGUGUUAUUUGCAUAUGCAAAAAAAAUUAAUUACAUUUUUAUUUGCAUGAACAAGAAUUCAUUUGAAGGGUAUUUUCAAAAAUACUCAAGAAAAGCAAAUCAGCUUAUAAGAUUGGUUAUUUUGGCCACAUGGGGGCGUACUUUCUUAGACAAAAAUAUUAAUUAUUCAAUCCCAAUACAUAUAAAUAUAUUCUAAAAAACAUUAAGUUACCACAGGUACCACAGUGAACUAAUACAUCAUCAUUAAAUUUAACAUGAAUCAAGGCUGGGGUCAGCUUUUGUAAUUAUGUGGUGUUUCAAGUACAUGAAUAUUUUAGUAGUUAUUGCAUUCUUCAGAAAAACCUAAAGUAUUUGAAGCAACAGGAAAAUUCAACAAAUAACAAAAAAAAAAAAAAAAACAAUAUUUCAGUAAAAUCUGUAUUUCUUAAUCUAGCAAAUGAUACAGCUUUAUUGUUAAGUUUCCUAACAGCAUAAAAAGCAGUCAAACCGAACAGGCAUUUACACCUUGACGUUCUUGUCGUAUGUUGUUUUUUUAUUUUAUUGUGUGUGCCACAUCUUUUUAUUAUAGAAAUUUUACACUCAUAAAAAACUUCAUUAUUCAAACUUGUCUUUUUUUAUAUAAUUGAAAACACUGUUGCUGUACAUUCCUGUUACUCCACAUUAAUGAAAGGUUUGUGUUACCUUGUGUGAGAGAAACAAAUGCAAAAACAUAUUGCACACAGAUUUUUUUACUCAAGGCGUGUCUCUGCCAGUCUGUAUUCAAAGCUGUUACUUCCUGUAAAUUUUGACAGAACAGUUAAAACUGGAAGACAAAAAAAUCGGUUUCUAUUAAUUUGACUUAUAUGCAUUUGUAUAUGAAUGUUUGCAAACGCUACAAAGUUAAACUUCCAAUCUAUGUUUGAAUAUAGUUGAAUGUGAUUCUAAAAAGUCAUACAAUAAUAUGAACUUUCUAUCUUAAUCAGAAUGAGUGGGACACACCUACUUCUGCAUCCAACAUGCAGGAUAAUUAUUUUAAACACACCACAUAUCAAAGAACUUACCACAAUCCUUAUUUCUCAUUCAUAUUACUCUUGAGCCUAUUUAUAGUUUAGACCUUAACAAAAAGUAAAUAGUUUUAUCUUCCAGAGGAGUUAACGUUUAAGAGUUACUAAAAUCAAUGUCAUUCAUAAUUUGCCUGUAUUUCCUUCAUUUUGUCUCAUAGCACAUAUUUGACAUUUUUGAGUUAUUACACUAAAUACAUCAUAUGUAUUUCAUAGUUGCAGAAUUGGAGCUUAGCAGUCCAACUGAAAGGAUCAUAAUCUAAAGUUAACAAGAGUUAAAUGUUAUAAUUGUUCCAUAAGAUGCACUCUAAGCUAAUUUGGGUAAAAGGCCUACAAUGAGCAUUUUGGUUAUAGUACAUACUUUAUCUUAAUCUUUGUCUUAAUCUUUGUUUCCAUGUCUAAUUUGAAUAGAGACAGUCAAAUGCAGUUUCCAGUCCAGACACCUUUGGUAGUUCAACAUCAUGUCAAGCAUAUGAAUGAAUAAACCUUACACGUAGCUGCCUAUUCAAAUGCUCUGGAAAAUCAAUUGCAAAUUAUUGUUAGAUAAUUGAAACCCCCCAAUUAUAUAAAUUCCUGUCUAAAUAGGAAGAGAUUGAAAUAUGGAACUCAGUAUGCGUUAAAAUUUGCCUAGCCGGAAAGUGUAAAAGGCUGAUUUAAUCUUUAAGGGUCAUCUCUAUUUCCCUACAUCACAGUAGCAUAGCUUAAAGUAUCUGUGGCCAGUAGAGGGAUGCAGGGUUAAGAUUUGCAUAGUCAUGGGUGGAGCAUGCACAAGACAGUCAAAUAACUGUUCUUCACUUCCUGUGAAUAAUUGCUAACAAUCUGUUUAACACAUAAAAAAAUACUUCAGUCAUUGGGGAAACAAUCUAUACUGGCUAGAAUGAACAAGGAAAGUCUGAUUGUAAGAUGUCAACUAUGCAAAUAUGGCCGGCAAUGACAAAAAGCACUUGUACAUGAUAGCGGACCUGAUUCAAGGCUGAAAGGUUUAAUUAUAUGUGCAAAUCCACAACUGAUUUCUGGUGCUUUUCAUGUUUGCCAGGCAGAUGUAAGCACAGAUGUAAGCAUGUAAACACAGAUGCAGAUGUAAGGCUGCUUAGUGCUCAUUCACAAAUCACAGAAUGUCAAAUAAAAAUCUAAAAA